AUGCCACUGGGCACAAAAGAUAGAAAUCCACGGUUCCGCACACUACAACAUAAAAAUAAUCUCCAAAACUCACCCCGCUCGCCGCCUAACGUGCUCCUCACCAAUGGCCGUUUCCCUGUUUCCCUAGAUAUCGCUAGGCAGUUCGCUCUGGCAGGAUAUAACGUGUACUGCGUAGAUCCUAUGCGCUACCAUGUAUGUCGAUUUUCCCGAAUGGUGACCGCAAGCAAAAGAGUGCCUGCACCACGAACCGACCCCGAAGGAUAUCUCAAAGCCGUGAAAAAAGCCGUUUUAUCUUGGAAAAUACAAGUCAUUAUUCCCAUACACGAGGAAGCGUUCUACUUGGCGGGAUCCGAGGACCCGUUGAUUCGGAACCGGUUAUACGCUCCUUCCUGGGAAAAGGUUAUGCUCUUGCACAACAAGUGGGAGUUCUCGCAAAUGAUGCAGGGAUUUGGGCUUGACGUGCCCAAGGCAUAUCUUUGCGAGAGCAUGGAUGAUAUCCGAAAACUUGACCGAAGUAUAGAGUGGGCAGUGAAGCCUGUUUUCGGGCGGGCGAAUACAAAUGUCCACCACAUCCGGCCGGGACAUCCUAUCCCCAAUAUUCAAGUCAGCAAAACGACACAGUACAUCGCGCAGGAGUGGAUUCACGGUGCGCGCUAUUGCUCGUAUAGUGUGUUCGAUCAUGGAUCUCUGCGAGCGCAUGGGGUGUACCCUGUACUUGAAACGAUCGACGGCAGCUCAUGCGUUUAUUUCGAAGCUUACAGCCAUCCAGGAGUCAGGAAGUAUGUGAAGCGGCUCGCUGCAGGUUUAUUCCCUUUACAUGGACAAAUUGGUCUCGAUUUCAUCGAGACCGAGGAUAAGCUUGUGGUCAUUGAUUGCAAUCCACGAGCUACGAGUGGGAUUCACCUAUGGACUGGGACUCCAUUUUUGGCAUGGGCAAUGGCAGGCAGGCCGGGAGCUGUGUCUAUUCACCCGCCAUAUGCAAGGCCCGGACGAGGAAUUAAGACAGAGAAAGGUGACAUUAAGACGCUAUUUGGAGCACUUUUGGAGAUUAAUAACGGCACAUGA